AUGCUCGGCUCUCAAAGAAGGGGAUUGGGCACUCGGCGUCUGCUGCUGUCGCUUCUCCUCCUUGCAGUCUGGGAGGCCGGGAGUGGUCAGGUCCACUACUCGGUCGCCGAGGAGUCCAAACACGGCACCUUCGUGGGCCGCAUCGCCCAGGACUUGGGGCUGGAGCUGGCAGAGCUGGUGCCGCGCCUGUUCCGGGUGGCGUCCAAAGGCCGCGGGGACCUUCUGGAGGUAAAUCUGCAGAAUGGCAUUUUGUUUGUGAAUUCUCGGAUCGACCGGGAGGAGCUGUGCGGGCGGAGCGCGGAGUGCAGCAUCCACCUGGAGGUGAUCGUGGACAGGCCGCUGCAGGUUUUCCAUGUGGAAGUGGAAGUAAAGGAUAUUAAUGACAAUCCACCGGUGUUCUCUCUCAGAGAACAAAAGCUGCUGAUUUCUGAAUCUAAGCAACCCGACUCUCAUUUUCCUCUAGAGGGAGCUUCUGAUGCGGAUAUAGGAGAGAAUGCUCUAUUGACCUACAGACUAAGUAAAAAUGAGUAUUUUUCUUUAGAAUUACCAACACAUAGUAAGCAGACUAAAAGACUGUCGCUUACAUUAAAAAAAUAUCUGGAUCGAGAGAAAACUCCAGAGCUUAAUUUGCUACUGACUGCUGCAGACGGGGGAAAACCAGAGCUCACUGGCACCCUUCAGCUUUUCGUCCAAGUCUUGGAUAUUAACGACAAUGAUCCGGAAUUUGAGCAAUCAGAAUACAAGGUGAGAUUGAUGGAAAAUGCAGCUAAAGAAACUUUUGUGAUAAAGCUAAACGCCACAGAUCGAGAUGAAGGAGGCAAUGGGGAGGUAACCUAUUCCUUGAUGUCAAUUAAGCCCAAUGGAAAGCUCUUAUUUACACUAGAUGAAAAUAACGGAGAAGUGAGGGUCAAUGGAAUUUUAGAUUAUGAGGAAAACAAGUUUUAUGAAAUUGAAGUACAGGCCACAGAUAAAGGGAAUCCCCCAAUGGCCGGUCACUGUACAGUCUGGGUAGAAAUAUUAGACGCCAAUGAUAAUGCCCCUGAAGUCACCGUGACUUCUCUGUCUCUACCAGUACGAGAGGACACUCAGCCUAGCACUGUCAUUGCGCUGAUCAGUGUAUCCGACCAGGACUCCGGUGCCAACGGGCAGGUGACCUGCUCACUAACACCUCAUGUCCCCUUCAAGCUGGUGUCCACCUUCAAGAAUUACUAUUCGCUGGUGCUGGACAGCGCCCUGGACCGAGAGAGCGUGGCAGACUAUGCUCUAGUAGUGACCGCACGAGACGCAGGCUCGCCUUCGCUCUCCGCCACGGCCAGCGUGUCCGUGGAAGUGGCGGACGUGAACGACAACGCGCCGGCAUUCGCGCAGCCCGAGUACACGGUGUUCGUGAAGGAGAACAACCCGCCCGGCUGCCACAUCUUCACGGUGUCUGCGCGGGACGCCGACGCGCAGGAGAACGCGCUGGUGUCCUACUCGCUGGUGGAGCGGCGCGUGGGCGAGCGUGCGCUGUCGAGCUACGUGUCGGUGCACGCGGAGAGCGGCAAGGUGUACGCGCUGCAGCCGCUGGACCACGAGGAGCUGGAGCUGCUGCAGUUCCAAGUGAGCGCGCGCGACGCGGGCGUGCCUCCCCUGGGCAGCAACGUGACGCUGCAGGUGUUCGUGCUGGACGAGAACGACAACGCGCCCGCGCUGCUGCCGCGGCCGGGGGCGGGCGGCGGCGGCGGCGGCGGCGGCGGCGCUGUGAGCGAGCUGGUGUCGCGGUCGGUGGGCGCGGGCCACGUGGUGGCGAAGGUGCGCGCGGUGGACGCCGACUCUGGCUACAACGCGUGGCUGUCGUAUGAGCUGCAGCCGGCGGCGGGUGGCGCGCGCAGCCCGUUCCGCGUGGCGCUGUACACGGGCGAGAUCAGCACGACGCGCACCCUGGACGAGGCGGACUCGCCGCGCCAGCGCCUGCUGGUGCUGGUGAAGGACCACGGAGAGCCGGCGCUCACGGCCACGGCCACUGUGUUGCUGUCGCUGGUGGAGAGCGGCCAGGCGCCCAAGGCGUCGUCGCGGGUGCUGGCGGGCGCCGCUGGCGCCGAGACGGCGCUGCUGGAUGUCAACGUGUACCUGAUCAUCGCCAUCUGCGCGGUGUCCAGCCUGUUGGUGCUCACGCUGCUGCUGUACACGGCGCUGCGCUGCUCGGCUCCGCCCGCGGAGGGCGCGUGCGCGCCUGGGAAGCCCACGCUGGUGUGCUCCAGCGCGGUGGGGAGCUGGUCGUACUCGCAGCAGAGGCGGCAGAGGGUGUGCUCCGGGGAGGGCCCGCCCCCGCCCCCGCCCCCGCCCAAGACCGACCUCAUGGCCUUCAGUCCUUGUCUUCCACAGUCAGGAGAAGAUUGUUCAAACCCUUCCGGUGAAGUAAGUCAUUGA